UUGGCACCGGUUGGUGAUGAUGCAAACAUGUUGUCUAGAUCAUUCUGCCUUGGAUUAUGUGUUUUCCUUGUUGCUUUGUUAUACAAUAAGUGGAAAGACGGUCUGAAUGGGUUAGACGAUCAAGAGCAAACAAUAAUAACGUUCUGGAAUUCAUCAAUCAAAGAACCAGAUCGACAAUUUAAAAGAAUUGUUGUUGGAACCAACUGUAACCUGGACUUGAUAGUAUCUGGUGUGGAUUUGCUGCAAGCCCUUCAUGAAGGACCUGGUGAUCCACAAGACAGCGUCCACCUAGCAACUAUUGAUGACCUUGUCAACACCUUCACACUUUACUUUGUGAAGGGAUCUGCAGCAGAGAGAGCUGUCACCAACGCUAAAGUCUUCAAGGAGAUUAUUCAGGCAGCUGAGAGUUUGCAAAAAAAGCAUCACUAUAUUGGUGGCAAUGCAGCUUUGAUGGCGGUGAAGAUUUCAGAGCUAUACCCUGAUGCGCAGGUACAACUAGUGGGUCCGAUAGGACCAGCUCUGAAAGAUCUUAUUCCUUCAAAUAUCAUAGUGCCAGAAAACAGCCUUAUUACAGAAGAUGAAGUCCACUUAAUAAUGGAGUACGGACUCAAUGAACAAUGGGACAAUCUUCGGUCACCGGUUGCAAACCGAUUUAUAACAAGCUACGAUGAAUCUAACUCCAAGCUGACCAUGCUUAAUAAGUUUUUCAAAAAUCUUGGACCAUUUAAUCCGGAUCUAGUCAUACUAAGUGGUUUGCACCUUUUGGAAAUGCAGACACAUGCCUUUGUGUCAGAUAAGCUUCAGGCAGUGAGGAAUGGGCUAGGAGGAAUUCCCCGUAAUAUACCGGUGCAUUUGGAGCUGGCUAGCAUGGCCAAUAAAGACUGUGUGACACAAAUAAUGCAGAUGGUGGCUUCUGAAGUAUCCUCUAUAGGCCUGAACGAGCAAGAGCUUACAUUUGCCUCCUAUGUAGGUGGCGGGCCCCAUGCUAGUUAUUACAAUGAACGGGAAGGACAACCUGAAAUCCACAAAAUCAGCGAUAUGGUUCUCUGGCUGUUAAAAACCUACGGUUAUUCAAAGAAAAAUCCAACGUCAAGGUUGACUCGAGUGCACUUCCAUUCUCUCACAUACCACAUAAUCGGUUCUCUGCCUGAUGUUUGGUUCAACUCAGAAUCAGCUGUUGCCGCAGGAACCAGAAUAGCUGGGCGGCAAGCCUGUGAUACCAAAGCAUUGUCACCCGAGGACAUAGAACUGCGUAUACCAAAAACUUUCAAACUAUUCUCAGGGAGCCAUGAUAUCAUUUUUGAUGAAAAUAAUCCAGUAUUUUCAUGGGAGAAGGAUGGUUUUCAUUUUGUGUUCAGCCCAGUACUUGUUUGUAUAAAUCCUUCCAAAACUGUAGGUUUAGGAGAUGCUAUCUCAGCAACUGGUCUCAUGUAUUCUUCAUUCAAGUUUUCGUGACCAUGUUUUAUAGCUUUUUGUUAUUUGUGUAUUUUGAGGUUUGAAGUGCCCCAGGUGGAUUUACAUGUAUUAUUCACAAAUAUAUCAGUAAAAUAAUGAUUCGGCACAAGUGUAUUUUUAUAAUCUUAACUGGCUUGUUUGGUGUUCGUCAAAAUGUGCUUAGCUAUUAAUUUUAUGUGUUUGACACCACAGCAACAAUACAGCUUUUUAUAUUUAUGAGGUUAUUGUUGUCCAUGAAGCCAAAUGGUUUUUAAUAGAAGCAUAAAACAGCUCAUUCCUAGUGUUUUUCCCAGGCCAUUUUAGCGUGGCGAAAAGCCACGCCGCCCUCCCGGAUCGCCACGCUGCCCUUUUCAAAGGCAAAUUUCGCCACGCGCCCUUUUUUCAAAGGCAAAUUUCGCCACGCGCCCUUAUCGAUAACAUCUUUAUUGCCUUACGAUUUUACUUGGUCCGCAAAAUCAGCGUCCUUGAUUGUCUGUGACGCUCCGACUGUGCUUGAUUUACUCGAGAGACGUCAACGUCUAAUCGACUAUAUUAUUUGAGCAGAUUUAAUCUAUUACAGUGCUCGAUUUUUAGACUGCUCCAAAGCUGUGAAUUAGUCAUGCGUGAAUAACCCCGUGUCAGUAUCAAUCGAUAAUGCCAGAGGCUAUGUUAUACCAAGCGUACUUACUUCGGAGACUUUUGAUGAAAAACUCGAUGUUAUGCUCGUGGCAAUUGUGCAUUGCAUGCAUUAUUCAGUUAUAUCAAAACAUAUAUUUUUACGCAUAAUUACAUUUAAAAACAAAAACAAAUUUAUUCUUUAUUGCUUUCGUCUUAAAGAUAAUUAGAUCUAAUUAUUGAAAUAAUUACUGAGACGUAUACUAAUUUAACAAAAUGCGAAUCGCGUAUACGAUUUAACGUUGCCAUUCGCACCUGUCGCUUACAUCAUUUGACAUUUGAACAACAUGGCGGACUAUACAGAAUUAAAAUGCGACUCGGCAAAAAUUGCAAAUAACGUCGUAAACGAUCGAAUUAACGAUGUAGAUUAAACAUAAAGAAGGAAUUAAUGAAAUGUCUGUGAAAAUCAACGAUGCAUAAAAAUGUUUUAGAUAGCAACAACAUUAUUUAUUUAUUUGUAAUCUACUUGGUGGAUGUAUGUCACGGAAACGAGUGUUUGCAUAUUGUUAGCGAUCAAUUUACUCGCAAUGUUAUUUUAAACAUCUGGCAAGAUUAUUGUUAGAAAAUGGGAUAAGACAAAUAUGGUUUCAAUUAUAUGUUAGUGGAUCUGUGUAUAAUCAGAUUCAUAUGCAUAUAUUGCUUUAUUAUGUUUGUCGUGCUGUACAGUUUAUUGAAACAGCAUGGAACUUAAAUGUACAUUGCAAGGUAAAUAUAUUAAUAUAAAUCAUAGUAAGUUUAAUACAUCAAUUACCAUUUCAUGUGCUUGUUAAUAUGUUAUUUUUUCCACAACUGCUUCAGAUGCGAUUACAUGUUGCCCCGUAAUUCAGGUAUUCAGGGAACGUUUUUGCCCUUUUUUGCCUAAACUGCGCGCUAAAAUGCCCUUUUUGAAAGUAAUGCGCCAUGCCCCUUUGCCCUCCUGGGAAAAACACUACAUUCCUUUACUUCUUAUUAAUAGGGUAAUAAGUCAAGUUUUUAGUAAAUUUUGCGUAAUGAACUAUUGAGUAUUGUCACUCCUUUAAUAUUUGACAUUGUGGUCUUUUUUUAUUUUUAUUUUGAGACGUAAGAAACGGUUUUACGAAAAGUAGGUUUUACAUUUUUCAACUUUGUUUUAAUUUUUUUAGCAGACUCUAGCCUUUAAAUCUAUGAAUACUGCUUAAACGACUGUUGUUAAAUAUUUAUAUCAUUGAUUAUUUUCUUUGAUGUUUAUUUUCAAAUUUUAAAGCCUUUUAGAUUCUUAAUGAAGCAAUGAUGUUGGGGGUAAAAUACUGGUAAUAUUUAUUGUGGGAUUUUAUCAUGUGUUCCCAUUGACUUGCAUAAUGUCCUGUUUUCUACACUAAAGAUGGAACUGAAAAGGUGUUAUUCGAUGAAUUGACAUUUGACUUAUUGUUGUUUAAUGUACCAGUAUUAACAUUUUAAAAAUUGUUUUUCAAGAUAUGUUUGUUUUAACGAUUAUCAUGACAAUCAUUUUGAGUAAUAGAUAAACCAACUGAGGGCCCUAUGACAAAAUAGUGACCAGCCAAGCAGCCCCAAUUGUGGGCUGUCUGUCUUGUCACUAUUAUGCCAUUAGUCACAAGGUGGGUUUUUUGUACUUCUUAUACUUUACUGAACACAUUCAUCAUGUUUAUCAACUUGUGAAUAAUGAACAUUUUUAACAGCACUGUCACACAUUGACAAAAUUGUAUAACACUGGGGGCAAUAUAUAACCCAUAGCAUAUUUACAUUUUGAAGUUGGUUUCAUAUAAAUUCUUUGAUUUUAGAUAUAUAUUUUCAAUUUUUAAGUAAUAAUUUCAUAGUCUUAAACAAAAAACAUCAAAAAACUAUGGAGCUAUGGCUUUAAGCACAGAAGCUGUGUGUAACUCAGGCAGUGGUGUUAUACUUCAAUAUGAAGCAUUCUGUCCAUAUAAGAACAAGUGACAAAUCCAUAUACACUUUGUUGCUUCUAUCGUUAGUUAUGGACUGAAUCUGUAAGGUACAAUAUUUAAAUAUAAAAAGGUUAAUUUUAGUAUAAAGAAUUUUUCCAAAAUAUUUUCCUGUAGUUUUCAAAAAUCUCCUUGUUCUAUUUUUCCAUUUUGAUUUGCAUAACAUUUUUACUGAGCAUAAUUGUACCAAACAAUUUUACCAAAUUACCACUUACAGCAGAUUUUAGUGAAUGGUGUAUGGUUUUGUUAGCCUCUACUGGCCAGAGGCCAGCGGGGCUUAUGUCAUGGUCCUGUGUCUGUCGUGCGUGCGUGCCUUAACUUUUCCUUAAAACAUCUCCUAAACUACUGGUCCAAUUCUGAUAAAAUUUCUCAGGAAUGUUCCAGGGGUGAACCUCUUGCAAAGUUGUUCAAAUAAUGCCCCGGGGGUCAAAUUAGACCCUGCCCCGGGGUCACAAAAAUGAAAAUUUGCUUAUAUAAGGCCUAUUUUGUGAAAACUUUCAAAAUCUUCUUGUCCAUAACCAUUGGGCCUAGGGCUAUCAAAUUUGGUAUGUAAAGACAUCUAAUAGUCCUCUACCAAAUUUCUUCAAAUAAUGCCCCGGGGGUCAAAUUUGACCCUUCCUCGGGGGUCACAAAAUUGAACAUAUGCUUAUAUAAGGCCUAUUUUGUGAAAACUUUCAAAAUCUUCUUGUACAUAACCAUUGGGCCUAGGGCUAUCAAAUUUGGUAUGUAAAGACAUCUAAUAGUCCUCUACCAAAUUUCUUCAAAUUAUGCCCCUGGGGUCAAAUUUGACUCUUCCUCGGGGGUCACAAAAUUGAACAUAUGCUUAUAUACGGCCUAUUUUGUAAAAUCUUUCAAAAUCUUCUCGUCCAUAACCAUUGGGCCUAGGGCUAUCAAAUUUUGUAUGUAUAGACAUCUAAUAGUCCUCUACCAAAUUUCUUCAAAUUAUGCCCCUGGGGUCAAAUUUGACCCUGCCCCAGGGGUCACAAAAUUGAACAUAUGCUAAUAUAAGGCCUAUUUCGUGAAAACUUUCAAAAUCUUCUCGUCCAUAACCAUUGGGCCUAGGUCUAUCAAAUUUGGUAUGUAGAGACAUCUAAUAGUCCUCUACCAAAUUUCUUCAAAUUAUGCCCCUGGGGUCAAAUUUGACCCUGCCCCGGGGGUCACAAAAUUGAACAUAUGCUCAUAUAAGGCCUAUUUUGUGAAAACUUUCAAAAUCUUCUCAUCCAUAACCAUUGGGCCUAGGGCUACCAAAUUUGGUAUGUAGAGACAUCUAAUAGUCCUCUACCAAAUUUAUUCAAAUUAUGUCCCUGGGGUCGAAUUUGACCCUGCCCCGGGGGUCACAAAAUUGAACAUAUGCUUAUAUAGGGUCUGUUUUGUGAAAACUUUACAAAUUCUCUUGUCCAUAACCAUUGGUCCUAGGGAUACCAAAUUUGGUAUGUAGUGACAUCUUAUAGUCCUCUACCAAGUUCUUCAAAUUAUGCCCCUGGGGUCAAUUUUGACCCUGCAGCGAGGGUCACAAAAUUGAACAUAUUCUUAUAUAAGGCCUAUUUUGUGAAAACUUUAAAAAUCUACUUGUCCAUAACUGUAUGGCAUAGGGCUAACAAAUUUGGUAUGUAGUGACAAUUAAUAGUUCUCUUCUUAGUUUGUUCAAAUUAUGCCCCUGGGGUCAAAUUUGAAACUGCCCCGGGGGUCACAAAAUUGAAUAUAUGCUUAUAAAGGUCUUAUUUUUUGAAAACUUUAAAAAUCUUCUUGUCCAUAAACAUUGGGCCUAGGGCUACCAAAUUUGGUAUUUAGUGACAUCUUAUAGUCCUCUACCAAGUUUGUUCAAAUUAUGCCCCUGGGGUCAAGUUUGACCCUGCCCAGAGGGUCACAAAAAUGAACAUAUGCUUAUAUAAGGCCUAUUGUGUGAAAACUUUAAAAAUCUUCUUGUCCAUAACCGUAUGGCAUAGGGCUACCAAAUUUGAUAUGUAGUGACAUGUUAUAGUUCUCUUCUUAGUUUGUUCAAAUUAUGCCCCUGGGGUCAAAUUUAAAAUGCCCCGGGGGUCACAAAAUUGAAUAUAUGCUUAUAAAGGGCUUAUUUUGUGAAAACUUUAAAAUCUACAUGUCCAUAACCAUUGGGUCUAGGGCUACCAAAUUUGGUAUGUAGUGACAUCUUAAAGUCCUCUACCAAGUUUGUUCAAAUUAUGCCCCCGGGGUAAAUUUGACCCUGCCCUGGGGGUCACAAAGUUGAACAUACGCUUAUAUAAGGCCUAUUUUGUGAAAACUUUAAAAAUCUUCUUGUCCAUAAACAUUGGGCCUAGGGCUACCAAAUUUGGUAUGUAGUGAAAUCUUAUAGUUCUCUACCAAGUUUGUUCAAAUUUUAUCCCUGGGGUCAAAUUUGACCCUGCCCCGGGGAUCACAAUAUUGAACAUAUGCUUAUAUAAGGCCUAUUUUGUGAAAACUUCAAAAAUCUUCUUUGUCAAUAACCAUAAGGCCUAGAGCUACACAAUUUGGUAUGUAUUGACAUUGUAUAGUCGUCCACUUAGUUUGUUCAGAUUAUGCCCCAGGAGUCAAAUUUGACCCUGCCCUGGGGGCCACAAAAUCGAUUACAUGUAUAUGCUUAUAUAGUGCCUAUUUUGUGAAAACUUUAAAAAUCUUCUUGUCCUUAACCAUAAGGCAUAGGGCUACCAAAUUUGGUAUGUAGUGACAUCUAAUAGUUCUCUACCAAGUUUCUUCAAAUUAUGCCCCUUGGGUCAAAUUUGACCCUGCCCGGAGGGUCACAAAACUGAACAUACGCUUAUAUGGGGCCUAUUUUGUGAAAACUUUAAAAAUCUUCUUGUCCAUAACCAUUGGGCCUAGGGCAACCAAAUUUGGUAUGUAGUGACAUCUAAUAAACCUCUACCAAAUUUGUUCAAAUAAUGCCUCUGGAGUCAACUUUGACCCUGCCAUGGGGGGUCACAAAAUUGAAUAAACACUUAAAAAGCGCCUAUUUUGUGAAAUCUUUAAAAAUCUUCUUGUCGAAAACCAUUCAGACUAUGGCUACCAAAUUUGUAAUGCAGUAACAUCGUAUAGUCCUCUACCAAGUUUGUUCAAAUUAUGCCCUUAGGGUCAAAUUUGACACUGACCCGUGGGUCACAAAAUUGAACAUUAUAUACGCUUAUAUCUUGCUUAUUUUGUGAAAACUUUUACAAUAUUCUUGUCCUUAACUCUAGGACCUAGGGCUACCAUAUUUUGUAUGUACAUGUAGUGAGAUAUAGUAGUCCUCUACAAAGUUUGCUCAAAUUAUUCCCCUGGGGUUAAAUUUGACCAAGCCCAGGGGGUCACAAAAGUGUACAUGUGCUUAAAUAGGGCCUAUAUUUAUGUAUUUGCACAUGCAGAGAAUAUUUGUUUCAGCCUUUUUUCAGCAGUGGAGCGAUACAGGGCCAUCAUGGCCCUCUUGUUUCGCUUUGUAUGAGAACAUGUUUAAAACUAAUUGUUUGAGAGUAAUUUCAAAAUCUGUUGCUUAAAUGUAUUCUAUGUUGUGUCCAGCCAUCAUAUAAAUCCAUGCACCAGCCUAUGUGAUAAUUUGUAUGUACUUGACCAUGACUUACUGAAUAAAAUGGCUAAUAAUGAGAAAA